AAUUCAAAAUUUAUUUCAUUUGAUUUGUAUCUGUAAUAAUAUUCUCUUUCGUUCUUGUGUUAUCCUUGACAACUCAGAUCCUACCUACCUGGAUAUUUUUUUAAAAUCCAUUCAGGCAUAUUCUUUCUAAGUUCAUGAACUUUGUUCUUCCUUAUAAUGUGCCUGCUUCAUUUCCAGAUUACUUUGCAAACUCCAGUGCUGCAUACUCAGGAGUGACCUCUGGUCUCAAGUGGUUGUUUCGACACACAGACAGUGAACCAGAUUCUCCACGUCCACAUGAGCAAGCUGGAUCUGACAGGGGGUGGGUGUAUACCUGCUCGGACGAUGGCGCCUCACCUCCACUGCCACGCGUGGCCUUCUCGCCUUCGUGUCGCCACUGCUCCACCGGCCGAGUGAAAGACUCUGAUUCAGGCAGCUCCUCCACCACCCUGAGCCUGGACCAAGAGGCCGCCAAGCUGCUCCCGCCCCCCGCGCAGGCGCCCUCUGGCCACUCCAACGCGGCGCAGCAGGGCGCCAUCCCAAAGCAGCCGCGCGGCCUGUCGUCCUUCUCGUCGUCGGGGCGUCGCAGGCGCCGGUGGGGCGGCUGGCCCCCGCCAGCGCUCCUCCGCUGCGCCGCGCCCUCGCCCGCCCCGCGCCCGCCGCCGCCUUUCGCCCGCCGCCGUCCCCCGCCGCCGCCUCCUCGCCGCCUGGCCGCGCCCGCGCCGCAGCGGGCGGCGGGGCUUGGUGCCCCCGCCGCCGCCGCCGCCUCCACCCUGCUGCGCCAACGUUUCUGGCGAUACGGCGCCCCGCGCCCCCGGCCAGCGCCCGCGACCCCGUCCGCUCGUCCGCACCACCGCGCACGCCGCGACGGGCCACGCCCCCGGCCGGCCGCCGCGGGGGCGGAGGGCAGCUGGGCCGCCGCCUGGGCGAUGCGACGCGGGCUGCCCGCAGCACCGCUCCUGCGUCCGCAAACAGGCCCGGCGGCUCUCACGAGGAACCCGCGAGCGCGCACAGGUCAGACGGCAUCUAGCAGACGAAGAGCUCGACGGCGUUGGAAACUAUCGGGAUUUAUCACACUUCCCGAGGCACAAAGGUGA